AAAAAUUCCUAAUACCAUUACUUCCUACCUGCCUGGAAUGUUUUGUUCAUGUAAAGUUUGACGUCUGUUAAUUGCAAGAAAACCACAAGCAAUGGGUAGCAGGGCAUCUAUCCAGCUCCAAGAAACUGAAUUAAAUGAAAUACAGUCGGAGACUGGGUUUUCACAUAAUCAGAUUGUCCGGUUAUACAGUCGGUUUACAAGUUUGGAUAAAGGAGCCAUAGGAUGCUUGAGCCGAGAGGAUUUCCUGCGGAUACCAGAGUUGGCCAUUAAUCCACUCGGAGACAGAAUUGUGCAUGCAUUUUUCACAGAAAGUAACAAUGAAACGGUUAACUUUCGACAAUUUAUGAGAGUUUUGGCAAGGUUCCGUCCCACAAAAUCAAACCAGAACAAAAAUAAACUGAACACACGGGAGGAGAAAUUGAAGUUUGCUUUCCGGAUGUACGACUUGGAUGGAGAUGACAAGAUCUCUAAAGACGAGUUACUGUCUGUGCUUCACAUGAUGGUUGGAGCUAACAUUUCAGAAGAACAGCUGGGAAGCAUUGCUGAUAGGACAAUCAGUGAGGCUGAUACUGACGGUGACAACCAGAUCUCAUUUGAAGAGUUUGUACAGGCAAUGGAGAGGGUGGAUGUUGAGCAGAAAAUGAGCAUUCGGUUUCUUCACUAAAUCAAGAUUCUAUAGUGGUUAAAAAUUUUACUUUUUCAGACAUGAAGAAUCCAUGAAAUCCAUAAAGUGAUCAAAAGUUGCCUAUUCAGUGUUUUAAGUUUCAAGAAAUUCAAAAUUAUAGAUGAUAGUUCUGUAAAGUUUUCUUUAAUGAAAUCUUUACAAAAAAAUGACAAAUGUUUGUUUGCAUAUACAUGUAUGCAGAUACUGCUUACGCAUAGCUGUGUGUUUGCACAUACACUUCUACAUAGCUGUUUGUUUGUAUAUACACUUCUACACAGCUGUUUGUUUGUAUAUACACUUCUACACAGCUGUUUGUUUGUAUAUACACUUCUACACAGCUGUGUGUUUGUAUAUACACUUCUACACAGCUGUUUGUUUGUAUAUACACUUCUACACAGCUGUUUGUUUGUAUAUACACUUCUACACAGCUGUUUGUUUGUGUGUACACUUCUACACAGCUAUUUGUUUGUAUAUACACUUCUACACAGCUGUUUGUUUGUAUAUACACUUCUACACAGCUAUUUGUUUGUAUAUACACUUCUACACAGCUAUUUGUAUAUACACUUCUACACAGCUAUUUGUAUAUACACUUCUACACAGCUGUUUGGAUUUACAUGCACUUCUAGACAGCUGUGUGUUUGUAUAUACACUUCUACACAGCUGUUUGUUUGUAUAUACACUUCUACACAGCUGUUUGGAUUUACAUGCACUUCUAGACAGCUGUGUGUUUGUAUAUACACUUCUACACAGCUGUUUGUUUGUAUAUACACUUCUACACAGCUGUUUGGAUUUACAUGCACUUCUAGACAGCUGUGUGUUUGAAUAUGCACUUCUACACAGCUGCAAAAAAAACAACUGUCAUGUGUUUAUUUGUACAUGUACUCACAUGCACGAAUGGUUUUAAAAUUGUUAAACAAAACUUGGGCCAAUUCAACUUAAUUAGUAUAUUAUCAUCCAGGGUCACCAAAAAGUAUGGGGUGGGUGGGAGGAUUUUAUAUCUUAAUUUUUAUUUUCUGAGAAAAAUAUUAAUGACAAACGAGUAGUGCAUCAUUUAAUGCCAGAUGGAUCUAUGCUUACUUCACAAACGAAAUCCAGGUUAAGCUUUCAAACACAGAAAGAUACCAAAUUUCUUCUAAGAUAUGAAGCACAUUAAUCCUUUCCUUCCCUUACGAAGGUGAGAAAUUAAGAAAACCAUAAUAUGAUCUAUUUUCUUCACGUUGCUAUACCGGAAAUGUAAACAAGAAGUGUAAAAACAGGAGUCAGACAUGAAAAUUUUCUGGAAAUAGCAAGCUCCGCAAAAUAAAAAAAUUCCGGGCAGGUCAAUUUUUAAGGGGCGGGCGGGGAUGAUAAUCUAUCAAUUAAGUUGAAUUGGCCUUAUAUAUUUUAUUUAAACUGGACGGUAAUGGUAUUGCAAUGCUAAGUAAAAUUCUUAAACAUGUAUACUGUGUGAUACUGUGUGUGAAGUUAAAUGAAAUUAAGCAUCAAUUAAAAAUAAGAAUAGGUAUAUAAUCUCCCUUAACACUGUGUAGCAGUCUGCUACAAUGCAGUGUUUAAUGGAAAUGAUACACAGAAUGUGUCUUUGUAAACAGGGUUUUUAUGGUAAACGUUUUGCCACAUGUUGACUUUGUAAACAAAUUAAGUCUGAUUUUUGUUUUUGGCAAAAACUAUGAACUUUAAUAAUUGAAAUUCAAACCUCAAGAAUUUAUAGUCUAUCUAUGCUUUGAGAUAAACAAAUCUUUUACAUUAUCAAGGGUUAUUGAUUUAUUUUGCAACAUUUUACAGUGUUACAAUAAUGGUGCAAUUCUGAAACAUAAGAUGUUUAUGUUGUAUUAUGUAUUAUUAUACUUUCAUGUAAAAUACUCGAAUCUGAUUGGUCGAGAAGCAUUUGAAAAAACAUAUUGUUACCCUCUGAGAACAGAAAGCACGCCCUCCAGGGUGAUAGUAUCUAGCAACGGGCAACAGUACUUGACAACGGGUGAUAUUAUAAAAAAUUAUCACAUGCGUCAAAUUUAUGCGCGUACGGUUCGCCGUAGAUUGUUAGACAACGUCGUUUGAGCGUUUGUAAUAAACACGAAUACCCACAUCGAUAUACGAAAAAUCGCAUAACAGUGAUUGAUCAAAUGUCAACAGACGUAAGUCUUUCUGCUUUGUUGUUUAUAUAACAUUCAGUAUAAUAAAACAAAUAUUGCAUGUAGUUGAGGGUAACAUUGAAAAUUUUCACCCCUCGAAAAACCAUUGUCAACCUCAGCUACGCCUCAGUUGACAAUGGUUUUCUCGGGGUGAAAAUUUUCAAUGUUACCCUCAACUACAUCCAAUAUUUAUAUAUUAUCAAAAUCAAGCCAUCUUGAUCAAGUCAAGUAACUUUUAUUGCAAUCAACAGUUGAAACAUUAUGCAGAAUGUGAUCAGUUGCAGAAAUAUUUUACACAACCAAAUCUACAUGUGAAUGACAACUGUAAAUUCAAGGUCAAAGUACCAGAUGUUUAAAAUCCCAAGUUUUACCAUGUAGUGGGUAUUUUCAUCGGAUAGGGAAAAUCCGCAAAAAUUACAAUCACAAAAUAUAUAUACAUGCAUUUAGGUACAUAUAGGUAUAAUACAACCACAGAAAUUGGAAAUGCAGAAUAUAAUGUGCUACCGUUUAUGGAUCAAAUCGCAAAAUUUUCCAAUUGCAGAAAAUAUCCGUUAUACAGAAUCUUUAAUAAUAUCAUAGGUGAUUCAUUUUAUCUGUAUAGAUAAUGCUCAUAUAUAUAAGAAAGAUCUUAAACAGGUGGGAAAAGGUUUAUUGUAACUGGUAGAAAAAAAGUAAGUGUGAGUAGAGGAGCUACAUACCUUACCAUCAAAAUAUGUAAUAAUGGAAAUAAUAUACUAUUGUCAGUCAGAGUGUCCAUGUUGAAUUGUAAUUCACUGCAAAAUGUUGACACUUUUAACUCGUUACAUAACUGUGUUACUGGUGCUAUUGAAUAGCAUUCAUACUUGGCAUCAGAAAUAUUUUCUGCGAAACAAUCCAUGACUUGAGUAAACAUGCUGUACAUGUAUAUUCCCUCGUACAUAGAUAGUUGUUGAAUGUACUCCAGAGUAUUUAUUGAUUGUUGAUUUGAGGAUUGUUUGAUUUAUUAAUAUAUUAAACAUGUAUUUUUUAUGUCUUGAUUAUCAUGUGAUUCUAACUUGAUGCCAUAUAUGUUAGGCAAAGUAAAUCCAGUGUGUAAACAAUUGUUUUUCACAAAUAAAACUGAAAGACCA